AAAGAAGAAAUGCCCUUGUUCUUGUUGCCUUCAGGAUGUGCGACAUAAAUUAUUCAUUUUAUUUAUUUAUCUUCGAUAAAGUAUUCUUAAACAAUUUCUGCUAUGAUACAUGACGAAUAAAUGUUUAACUUUUGUUUUUCUCUUUCAUAAUAACCUAAAACAUCUUUGAGGCGUAAAAUUUAUUACUUUAAUUGAGGUUGACCAUUAAUCCUUAAUUAGUCGUUUAUUCGUGCGUAAAAACCAUUUUUACGCACGAAUCCAAACGAGAAGAGAAUCGCCCGGAAAGCUGCAGGUAGACCUGAGAGCGCUCGUUUGUGGCUCAAGAUCAGGCGCUCGUCGAGAGACAAGAGGAAAGGAGGGAGGAGGAGGAGGUGGAGGGGGAGCCUCAAGGCCAAAGUGAGCUUUAUGUACCGCAGCGGGUCACUUUCUGAGAGCCAUUUGGAGCCAGAGGCGACCCGGAGCGCGCAGGAGCCGCACCAAACUGAGGCAGACCAUCAGUCCCAAUCACUGAGGCCAGCAGCAGGGAGCACAUUGCUCCACACAGGGAAGAGAGAGGGGAAAAAAACACAGACAAACAGACACGGAAGAGAAGUGAGAGAAGGAGAGAGAGGCUCAGUGCGGGACGGUCGGCAAAAAAACGCACUGUGGAACUUUUAAGUGUGCGGGAUCAGGAGGAAACGGGCUCGAGUGGCCGCGCAGGGUCGGAGAAGAUGCCGCGGGUAGUCCCGGACCAGAGGAGCAAGUUUGAGAAUGAGGAGUUUUUCCGCAAGUUAAGCAGAGAGUGUGAGAUUAAAUACACUGGCUUCAGGGACCGGCCCCACGAGGAGAGGCAAGCCCGCUUCCAGAACGCCUGCAGGGACGGACGAUCAGAAGUCGCCUUCGUGGCAACGGGAACAAACCUCUCCCUGCAGUUUUUCCCAGCCAAUCUCCAUGGCGACCAGAGGCAGGUGCCAUCACGGGAAUACGUCGACUUCGAAAGAGAGACAGGGAAGGUCUAUCUGAAGGCGCCGAUGAUCCUGAAUGGGGUUUGUGUGAUCUGGAGAGGCUGGAUUGACCUACAGAGGCUGGACGGGAUGGGAUAUCUGGAGUACGACGAUGAGCGAGCGCAGCACGAGGACGCUUUGGCUCAGGCAGCAUUUGAGGAAGCUCGGCGCAGAACCAGAGACUUUGAGGACAGAGACCGGUCACACCGAGAGGAUUUAGAGGACCCUGUGGUUUCUAAAAUCUGGGACUGAUGACACACAGAAAGACAGACAGCCAGCAGAAAAGAACAGGUCCAGACGACAGCAGGACCCCAGCCCUGGCUCAAACAUGGCCAACGCUGACGUGGAACACAAGAUGCGCUGAGGACGGAAGAAGCAAGAAAAAAAUGGAAACUGAAGCAGUUUGUUUGUUUGUUUGUUUGUUGUUCGAUUUCAACGCAGUCAGCAGGAGACCACACUCAUUGGCCAGUUGUUUUGCAUUAUUCCUCAAAAUUGAUGUAUUUUUCAAACUUUUGAAUGCAGACAAAAACGGAAAUAUAAAAUUAACUAAAACGAUUUGAAAGAAACCAAAGACUUAAGCAGGAAUGUUUGGAUGAAGAAGAAAAAAGAACAGUUAUUGAGAUUUUGACUUAAUUUGGAGAACUUAUGCAAAACGUUGAUAAUGAGAGAAAGGUGAGAACAAGAAGGAGCAGAGAAAAGGUAGAAGUCGUUCAGGGUCACGGUCAGGGCUUAUGUUCACAGCAUGAAUCAAAUGUGAGGUUUCAGCAGUUCAUGAUGUUAAAAUCUAUAUAUAUAUGCAUUUUUUCAGUGUUUCAACACCUCAAGUUUGCUGAUAUGCUUGUGAAAAACUUCCAUUUUAUCAACUUAAUUUCUUAAAACCUGCUGUUUUCUGAGACCAAAGUUCACUUUGCUGGAGGAAGGGAGGGAGGGAUAAAAAUAGGAGACUUAAAAAAUUAUAGAAAGGCAAACCAAAGACAUAUUUACCAGGCUGGAGGGUUAAGAAGUGUUUGCUUUGUGUAAAUUUAGAUUCAUUCAAAACAUCACAGGUUCUGUAGCCACAACCUGAAGGCUCUAGAUAUAGAAACGGCUACAUGGAGGAGAUUUAAACGUCCUUCGUCUUCCGAGAGGUUUUGCACUAUGUGAUACAAUCAGUCUUGAUCUCCACAUUGCUCGUCUUUUUAUUGCAUGAAAUCAAAUAUGGGGCUUCCUUUGCUUGUAUCGCAGCCUCUUUAUCCUUGGAGUGCUCUCUGUCGGCUCUUUGAUCGGGAACAACUGGGUGACUCAAAGUCGGGUUUUCAAAACGUUUUGACCCUUAAAUAAAAACUUUUUCUUCUUUUUUAUUAUUCUAAUGUAAAAACAAAGCUGCAACAUAAUACGGUACUUCCUUAUGACUUUCAGAGUCAUUAAAAAGAACCUCAACACAAAAUUAAAGCUUAACGCUCAUUGUGGGGUUAAGUGGAGUAGCUAUUGGCAGUCAGAGUAAUCAUAGGAAGGGAUCUCGCUUGACUGUUGUUGGCUUGCAGUUUUUACUAUAAUUAAUAACUUUCCUUCAGUUCACCUGAAUUGCUUUAAGAGUUAGAUUUGUAAGCUUACCGCUUUCAGCUGUGCAGCUGUUUCCACGCCACUUUGAGCAAAACCCAAACUCCUAAAUAUGGAAAUAACAACCGAAAUGGUUUUCUGUUUUAAACCGGUUCCAACUUGCACACAUUAGCAAGUCUAGUUGAAAAGUUUACUGUUCCUAAAGGAUUUACUUUAGUCCCCCAUUAAAUAAAAUCUUCCAAGCUGCAGCUCAAAUAUUGUUUCCUCAUAUCAACUCAUCACAGCCUCCAUUUAGAAAAAUAACUGCCUUUCAUCUUGAGACAGUUAAAAAGAAAACUUAAAAGUUCAAUUUAGGAGAUGUAACUUAAAGUGAUCGUUGUGAAACCCGUAUUCAGCUCAGUGAAGUCCAAACGCUGCAAAGCCAAACAUUUAAUCCUAAAAUAUUCUAACACAUCAAGAAAAACAUACAGUGUCCUGUGAAGUGAUGAUAUCUGUAAAUGAAACUCUGUUGAGAUCAUGAAGCUCGGUUUUUCUCGGCUCGCUUCACAGCUUGUUCCUCCAGAGAACUGAACUGAACUGAACUUACGAACUGAACCAGUUCCUAACUGAAUCCGAAUGAAUAACUCGUCAGAGAUGCGUUUAGUUCCUGGACUCCACGUCACCCAGAUGCUCCUCGUCUCUGCAGGGCCGUGAAAGCCUGAAUGCAGUUCGCUUUUCCCUGUCCGGUUACAGCACUCGUCGAUUGAAGCCAUGUGUUUUCCUGUAUGUCGUCACCUUCCUCUGUUGUGUGAAAGUCAGGAUGUUUACUUUUUAUAUUUCUCUCGUCUCAGUAGGAGUUUUUAGUUCUUUUCUCAGCUUAGACCUGAAGCAGCUGCAGGAUAUUUUGUGUAAAUCAAAAAAGACGGAAAAAAAAGAAAAGCAUCUCCAGAGAAUUGGGAGGUUUGAGCAUUUUUGUUGCUUUUUUUUAUGUACUCUUUAUUAAUGAUUUUUGUAUUGUUCUAUUUUUUUUAAUAAAUCCACCCGAAUGUGGAUUGAGUCAAGUCCUGUAAUCAGAAAAUGUUUUACACUUUGUGAAAUGAACGGUUGUAUUGCCUUUGGCUCCUUUAAGUUUGACUUAUUUAGAUAAAUUCAGACUCAUAACGAUUCUUGUACAGUUUCAGCAUUUUAAUGAGCUUUAAAAGAAAUUAAACAAAACAAAACAUGAUAAGCUGGAGUUCGGAUUUUCAACCAAGUUUCUUCAAGUUCUCUCUGCAAAUGCAGCCAUAAAAUCAACUCAGGGUUCACAACAAAAUAAUACUUUACUCUAGCUUUUAAAAUGGUAAAACUUAUUGGCUCGAUUGUGUUAUUUCUUCUGGCAAUCAGGUGAUUUAUUCUCAGCUGGUUCAGUAAGUAAUUAGUCAAAAAUGGUUUUAAAAUCUUUUUUUCUGCGUGAACCUGCAGGAUGGUGAGGAGAGGUUUUAUGGUCGGUUGUGAUGUUUUUAGCUUAAAGGAAGUAAAGGAGAGAAUGUUGAUGUCAUUGUGUGAGUUAAAUGUAUAAAAAAUACAGAGUCCAUUAAUUAAACUGGAACAUUGAUUGUUAAUUCUCUAAUAUCUCAUGUUUAGAGAAUAAAUUAUAUUGUUUGAGGAGGGAAAAGGUGCUUAAGAAGAAACCUUUUCUUGUGAUGAUUUGGUCUAUUUGAAGGAAAUUUAUUUGAAUUAUAUCUGGACAAUGAGAAAUUCUACAAAAAUAAAAUAGAAUAAGAAAAUUGUUCCAAAUUCUCUGAAUUGAAGUUUUAAAAUCAAGUCAUAAAACCUGGAAGAAAACUGAGAACUCUCCAAAGAAAAAAACAAAUUUGCUUUUAGGUUUAAGAAAAAUUAAAAACUCAAUCUUUUCUCCACCACUUGCACCAAGUGAACUAAAAUUUUAAAAACCAAAGCAUCAAAUCCAUCCUUUCCUUUUCUUAAUGCAGGCAUUAAGUCAAACCAUUAAAAUAUCAUUUUCUUUUCUUUUCUACAUUACCUGUUACUUUUUUUAACUUAUUUAUAUGUUAGAAAGACUUGGAUGUUUUGUAGCUUGAGUAAACCUUCUUGCAUUUCUCUUACUGUUUGUCUGCUCUGUGUUUUCAUCUACUUUAAUGUUGAACUUGUCCUCUCAGAGGAGUUUAACAUAUAAUAUGAGAUAUUCAUUUCAAAAUGUUGAUUGUUUAUCACAAUAAAUGUGUAUCAAUUCCUCUA